CCUCGCCUGCGGUACUUGUGCAGCUCGCACAGGUCACCUUGGGCAUCUGGCGAACGGGCUUUCGCGACAGCAGCCACAGUCAGCCGAACUUCGACAGCUCGCCGAGACUCCUUUCAAACCGUGAAGUGCUUUCGCGAGCUUCGACGUCGGUUAAAAGCACAAGAUGGCUGGCCACUUCACUUACCCUCCUCCCGAGAUGAUGAAGGAGCUCAAGGCCACUGCCGAGGCCAUUGUGGCACCUGGCAAGGGCAUCUUGGCUGCUGACGAGAGCACAUCCACCAUGGGCAAGCGGCUGCAGGGGAUUGGUGUUGAGAACACCGAGGAGAACAGGCGCCAGUACAGGCAGCUGCUGUUUACCUGCAGCGAGCAGAUGAACAGUGCCAUCAGCGGCGUGAUCCUGUUUCACGAAACCCUCUACCAGCAGGCCGACAAUGGAACUCCGUUUGUCAAGAUCCUUGAAAACCGCGGCAUCAUCCCCGGCAUCAAGGUGGACAAAGGUGUCGUGCCCAUGAUGGGCACUGAUGACGAGAGCACCACACAGGGCCUUGAUGACCUGACCAAGAGGUGCGUCCAGUACCGCAAGGAUGGUUGCCGUUUUGCCAAGUGGCGCUGUGUGCUCAAGAUCCGCCCGCACUGCCCGUCGCCCCUCUCCAUCCUGGAGAAUGCCAAUGUCCUGGCCCGCUAUGCUGUCUGCUGCCAGCAGGCGGGCAUUGUGCCCAUCGUGGAGCCUGAGGUGCUUCCCGACGGGGACCAUGACCUUGACCGGGCGCAGAAGGUCACAGAGCAGGUGCUGGCCGCAGUGUACAAGGCCUUGAAUGACCACCACGUCUAUCUGGAGGGCACUCUGCUCAAACCCAACAUGGUGACCGCCGGGCAGAGCUGCACCAAGAAGUACACGCCAGCCGAUGUGGCACGUGCCACCGUCACCACCCUGCAGAGGACUGUGCCGGCUGCCGUUCCCGGCAUCACAUUCCUCUCCGGAGGCCAGUCUGAGGAGGAGGCGUCCAUCAACCUGGAUGCCAUCAACAAGUACCCUGGCAAGAAGCCCUGGGCCCUGACCUUCAGCUAUGGCCGUGCCCUGCAAGCCAGUGCCCUGAAGGCCUGGAGCGGCAAGGCAGGCAACGUCAAGCAUGGCCAGGAAGAGUUCCUGAAGCGUGCCAAGGCUAACCACUUGGCUUGCCAAGGGCUGUACACCCCUGGUUCCAUUCAGAGCCUGGUCGCCGAUCGCUCCAACUUUGUCCCCACCCAUUCCUACUGAUUUCGCUUUUUUUCUGGCACAGCCUCAAAUCUUUGGAGUGGCGGCACUUUACUUUUUUGCCUACAUUAAUUUCUUUGUUUUUUGCGCCCUGUUCUGGUUGGGGAAGCACUGUAGUUUCCUUGUUUAGUUCUUGACGUCUGCAACUUUACCUGCUGUACAACCUUCCUUUUUUUUUUUUUCAUGCAUACCCACUUUUUCUGUAGCUACACUGCUUUCCCCGAGCACCACUUUGCUGAAUAGAAUGAACAACUGUUAGUGGAGUUGCAUGGCUUAUUGACAGAGUUUAUGCAUCUUACAAUGAGCUGUUACUUUUGUGAUUAGUGUGGUAUCUUUUGUACUUGAUGCAUGGACCUUUUUGUCAAUGCAGAGCAAAUUGCACGCCUUGUUUUCAGAUUUGUACUUGCUUUACGGCAUUUUAGUCUACCGACACCUUACAUUUGCUACAGUUUUGUUAACCUAGUGUGCAAUGGAGGCCUUGUUUCUAAAUGCCGUUUGCUUUAACAUUCCUCUAGAGAGCAUUGUCUGUUGCAUACUUUCCAGAAUGUUCUCUUGCCCAGUUUUUGAAGUUGUUUGUAUUAGAAAUUUGUUUUUGUUAUAGCGAGAAUUUGGCAUGUCCAACACUGUCAGCAUGUUUUUCCCUGCAUUCUCUAAUAAGCUUGAUAUUUGCAUGUGCCGCAUGCACAUUCUAGUGGCUCUUUUUGGUUACUGUGUGCUUCUGUUUUGCAAUGCCUUGUUUAUUGCACCUGAGCAGACCAAUAUGUAUUCAUGCACUUUCACAAAGAUGCUAUGGCUGUGUGCAAUUUUAUUUGUUUAUGAGCUCUUGAACCACUUUUGGCAUCGUUUUCCUCUUGAGAGCUUUAUUUUGCAUUUUCUUGCCAUACCUCGAUUUAUGAGGCCCUUUGUUUACAAAAGGAAAUUGUGUACAGAAACUGACUCUUUAGCCUCUACUCUUGUGUUCAGUUAUGUUAUAGCGUGCAUAUUGUAAGAGCCUUGUGCCAAGUGAAUCACCUGGAGUAUGUGACGAAUUGUUUUUGCCAUGUGCUUACUUAUUGGUAUAUGUACUUCCAGAAUAUGCUGUCGUGCGCAGUUUGCAGUCUUUACAGUGUAGAGUGAAGUGCCUGCCAGUGAUAGCGAUUUUAUAUAAAGCCAUACCAAGUCUGUUGUAAAGAGUGGCUGUGACAGUGUUUUAUAAGCUGUUGUGAUGUGUUCUGUCUCCAACACAGGCCUGCAGUGAAGCUGCUCUAGGAAAGUACGGCGGCGGUGUUACUGGAGCGGCUGCCUCAGAGAUCCUCUUUAUCAAAAACCACGAGUACUGAGCCCUCCCCUCUCCCAUUCAAUCAUGUCCGGUGUCGGCGUAACAUACUUGACGACAGUCAUUUCUGUCUCAACUAACUGUAGUAGCAUUCAGUCGCCUCCCCUCUGCCGUGCUCCAAAUUUUAGACGUAUCUAAGUGGUGCCCCCUGUGUGGUUUGGACAUUCCCCUAAUGCUAGUGCCAUUUGGCGUUUGCCAAAACAGCUGAUGUGCUGUGCACAAUAAAAAUUGAAUUGUUGGCCUCGAA